CUUGCACGCGGAGAAGGGGCCCCUCGGUGACGUUUCGGCCGCCUCUGCCGUUGCUGACUUGCCCUGGUCAACCCGGGCCCGGACCGUCCUCGGCUUUGCUCGACACAGUGCUCGACCUCCGAGCUUUCCAAACUUUGCCUCACCAUUAAUAAUAUCGGCAAGCAUCGUGGGCGUAAAGCGUGACCUGGAGUCUCUUUAUCUCAUCAUUGACGGCUCUGUUAUUGUCGCGACUGGACUUCGUCAUCGACGUCAUGAUGCAACGGAUAGCAUCUAGGGCCUCGCGCCGCGUCCUCGCCACUUCCCGCCUCACCUCUCGCCCCGCGCGAAACACCGCGACAGCUGUUCGCUGCCUUUCGACGACGACGGUCAACAUGGCCAAUCCCUUCUCUCACGCCGUCUCGCCUUCCGAUGCCUUCCAGUUGCUGCCCGAGUCGCAGAAGACUGGCGACGCCGAGAAUGCUCUGUACGAGGCGCAACUCAAGGAGGUCGAGGCAUGGUGGUCGUCGCCGCGUUUCCAGGGCAUCAAGAGGCCCUACUCGGCCGCCGAUGUUGUUUCAAAGCGCGGAACCCAGCAGAUCUCGUACCCGAGCUCUGUCAUGGCCACCAAGCUCUUCGAACUGCUCAAAGAGCGCCUGUCCAGGGGCGAGCCGGUACACACCAUGGGCGCGAUCGAUCCCGUUCAGAUGACGCAGCAGGCACCGCACCAGGAAGUUCUUUACAUUUCCGGCUGGGCCUGCUCCUCCCUUCUCACCACGACUAACGAGGUCUCGCCCGAUUUUGGUGACUACCCCUACAACACGGUGCCCAACCAGGUUCAGCGCCUCGCCAAGGCCCAGUCCAUGCACGACCGCAAGCAGUGGGACACGCGCCGCAAGCUGACGCCUCAGCAGCGUGCGUCGACGCCUUACAUCGACUACCUGCGACCGAUCAUCGCCGACGGCGACACGGGCCACGGCGGCCUCUCUGCUGUGCUCAAGCUUGCUAAGCUCUUUGCCGAAAACGGUGCUGCCGCCGUUCACUUUGAGGACCAGCUUCACGGCGGCAAGAAGUGCGGCCACCUCGCCGGCAAGGUGCUGGUCCCGACCGGAGAACACAUCAACCGGCUGAACGCUGCCCGCUUCCAGUGGGACGUCAUGGGCACCGAGAACCUUGUCAUUGCCCGCACCGACUCCGAGUCGGGUAAGCUCAUCUCGUCGGCUAUUGACGUGCGCGACCACGAGUUCAUUCUCGGCGUCGCUGACCCGAACAUCGACCCGCUCGCCGAGGCUAUCCAGGCCAUGGAGGCCAAGGGUGCCUCGGGGCCGGACAUUGACGCCUUCGAGGCCCAAUGGGUCAAGAGCACCAAACUUGUCACCUUUGACGAGGCUGCCGUUGCGCACAUGCGCCGCGAGAGCGUGAGCCAAGAGAAGAUUGAUGAGUACCUGACGGCCACAGCCGCCGACCGCAACAUGGGCAUCACGCGUCGUCGCGCCCUCGCCUCGCACUACGCUAAGUCCCCCGUAUACUUCAGCUGGGAUGUGCCGCGCACGAGGGAGGGAUUCUACCAUUUCAAGGCCGGUAUGCCUGCGGCGACCAAGCGCGCCAUCGCAUUUGCUCCUUACGCCGACCUCCUGUGGGUUGAGACGGGCGAUCCCAAUGUCGACGUCGCCACCAAACUGGGCCGUGCCGUCCGCGACGUCCACCCGGGCAAGGGCCUGGUCUACAACCUCUCCCCAUCAUUCAACUGGAUGGCCCACGGCUUCACCCCCGAGACGCUUAAGAGCUUCAUUUGGGACAUUGCCCGCGAGGGCUUCGUCUUGCAGCUCGUGUCGCUCGCCGGCCUGCACUCAAAUGCCACCAUCUCCAAUGAGCUGGCCAAGAACUUCAAGACCGACGGCAUGAAAGCCUAUGUCGAGCUUGUCCAGCGUCGCGAAAAGGAGCUUGGCUGCGACGUGCUGACCCACCAGAAGUGGAGCGGCGCUAGCUACAUCGAUGGCAUCCUGGGCGCCAUCCAGAGCGGAAGCUCCAGCAGCAAGAGUAUGGGCGAGGGCAACACGGAGGGACAGUUUAACUAGAUUCACAUGGGAUAUAGUGUAACGUAGCUUGCGAUUUAGCAUCGGCCGGCGUUUGGGUGCAUCAUGUCUUGCAACUAAAUACAAACUUAUACACAGAAGACGCCUUAGACACACCACAAGCAUCAUCUUCAUGUUAA